AUUCGCAAGCAAGGAUUACACAAUAUGGAGGGCCAGGAGGUUGGAAUGAUCCUGAUAUGCUUGCAGUAGGUUUUUAUGUAAUACCUCCCAUUGAACAAAUAACACAUUAUGCAUUUUGGGCUGCUCUGAAGGCCCCUUUAAUACUUGGAUCAAAAGCAUUAAUAUUAAAUAAAGAUAUAAUUUCUGUAAAUCAAGAUCCUCUUGGACAAUCUAUAUGUCAGGUUUACUAUAAAACUUAUAAAGAAACUUCUUUUGAAAUUUGGACCGGACCUCUUAUUUAUGGAUAUGUUGCAAAUCCAAUAAAUAUUACAUUGGAUUUUCAAAAACAUUGCUAUCUUACAGGUGAAAUUAAGGUUAGGGAUCUUGUAAACCAACAAUCUAAAGGAAACUUUACAAAUAC